GCUUCAGCCACCCGAGUCUUAAACUGAGCUAUUUGUGUUUCUGGUGUAGUAUUUCAUUUGAUACAGAUACAGCGAGCAUCAACGACGAUAACCGGUCAUGAAGUCAGUAGUAACGGCGCGUAGCACCUUAUUUCAGUCAGCUUGCGGCUGUGUCUUUGUGUGCGUGUGUUGAUUCAUGUAGAGAGGGCGUGGAGGGGAAGGGUGUGACUCUGACAAACACUGUAUCACGGCGUGCAGACUUUUUUAAUUGGAGGGACGAAACAUGAGAAUACUUUUACUUCUAUAUGCCAUCGCCGCAGCGUCACAAGCCCAGACUGACUGCUCCCGGGGGGCUUGUUACCCCCCCAGCGAUGACCUGCUGUCGGGCAGGACUCAGCUGCUCCACGCCUCCUCCACCUGCGGCCUCAUGGGCUCCGAGAUCUACUGCACGCCGUACCAGCAGAGGAAGAUGGAGUGUUGCCCGUGUGACUCCAGGAACCCAAACAGUAGGCUGGCCCACACUGUGCGGGACGUCCUGCCCACCUCAGGUCCAAACCGCUGGUGGCAGUCCGUGAAAGAUGUGAACCCGGUCACCCUCCAGUUGGACCUGGAUAACCUGUUCCAGCUGGACAACCUGGUGCUCAAGUUCAAGGGUCCUCGUCCCAGUUCCUUUGUCAUCGAGAGGACGCUGGAUAACGGGCGGUCCUGGCAGCCCGCCCUCUACCUGGCGACUGACUGUGAAGGAACUUUCCCUGGCGUCUCCACAACGCCGCCUCUGCGCCUGGAUGACACAUACUGCUACACGCUGCCCCCUACUGGUGCGAACCCCUACCAGGACUACGAGGUCCAGUUCAGUCCUCUGCGUCAGUACGCCAAUGUCCCCACUACUAAAAGCCAAAUGAUAGAAGAUGUGUCUGGGUUAACGGGACUGAGGGUGAGGUUCACCGAGCUGGGAGACGUGCCGCGUCCUCCGGGCAGAGCUUUCAGCAGGUUCUACGCCCUGAGGGAGAUGAGGGCGAUGGGCAGCUGCAUGUGUCACGGGCACGCCAACCGAUGCCUGCCCGACACCGGCAGCAACCAGCUGCCAGACGGCGUGCAGGUCCACCCUCAGUGUGACUGCCAGCACAACACAGCGGGGGUCAACUGCGAGCGCUGUGCGGAGCUCUUCCAGGACCUGCCCUGGAGGCCUGCUGAGGAGGGCAACCCCCACACCUGCAAACGCUGCGAGUGCAACAACCACGCCCAGCGCUGCCGCUUCGACCCGGCGCGGUACGAGGCCAGCGGGCGGAGGAGCGGAGGCGUGUGCGAGGGCUGCGCGCACCACACCGCGGGGCCAAAGUGUGACCAGUGUGCCGCGGGCUUCCAGCCCAACCCCCGCAGCCAAAUGGACCGCCCCGACGCCUGCAUCCGCUGCAUCUGCAACGCCGACGGGACGGUGAACGGGGGCCGGUGUGACGAGAGCACCGGAUCCUGUCUGUGCAAAGAGAACGUUGAAGGUCCCCGCUGCGACCGCUGCGUGAGGGGCUACUACGACCUGAGCCCCUCCAACCCUCUGGGCUGCUCCGAGUGCUCCUGUUCUCCAGACGGCUCCCUGUCCGACGCUUGUGACCCGAUUACCGGCCAGUGUACCUGUCGCUCCCACUUCCGAGGCCUGAAAUGUGAAGUGUGUUCACAAGGCUACUGGAAACCGCCCUUCACAGGGUGCUGCCAGGCCUGCGGCUGUGACCCCACCAGGUCAUACGGGGACACCUGUGACCAGGUGACGGGUCAGUGUCAGUGCAGGCCGGGCUUCGGAGGCCUGAAAUGUACAGAGUGCGCAGAGAACACGUACGGAAACCCUCUCACCGGCUGCAAGCCGUGCCGCUGUGAUGCUGAAGGAACUCUUCCAGAGGUUUGCGACAAGCAGACGGGAGCCUGCUUGUGUCGGCCCGGGAUCAGCGGGACCCGCUGUGACUCGUGCAGUCGAGGACACUGUGACUCCUUCCCCGGCUGCGAGAAAUGUCCCUCCUGCUUCUUCACGCUGGACGCCCAAAGAGAGAAGCUCAGCUCCGCUUUGGAGAAACUCUCCCUCAGGGUACCUUCCCGCCCCGGCGACGGGGACCUGGGGAACUUCACACCUCGCAUCCGCGUACUGGAGGCCAGCCUGAGCCUGAUCCAGAAGUCCAUCUCCCUCCCACCCGGCGUCGCCGUACAGGUGGAUGAUGCUGUGUCUGAACUCAACAAGCUCAGAGACAAGGUGGACAAGAUUAACGAUGACCUUUCACCUCUGGAGAGAGCUCCUGGUCUGGACUCGGAGCUGGACAGACUGCAGGCUCUGCUGGACAGCCUCACUCUGGUGUACAAGGCCAAGGUUGACGGAAAGGACAACUCUGUCAGUCCAAACAAUACAGGAGCGUUCUCCGCCAUCAAGAACGCCUACAACGAGUCCACAGACGCAGCCAAGAAGGUGAUUUCCACCAAGAAGCCGCUGAAGGAGUCCGCUGAUAUCAGAGAAGCCGCUAUGGACCUCCAAAAUACAGUCCAGCCAGGCAACACCAGAGACCUGGACAAGCUGAACCAGACCAUGGCGUCCAAGCCCAACCUCACCCCCGUAGCCAAACAGGUCUGUGGCAGUCUCCGCUCGGAACCGUGCACCCCUCUGCAGUGUGCGGGCGGAGAUCUGUGUCCCCCGGACGGAACGCCGCCGUGUGAGAAGGGCGAGGUGUGUGUGGGCGCCCUGCCUUUGAGCAAGAGGGCCGACGCUGAUGCCAAAGACGUGAAGGGGCGCCUGGACAAGCUCACUGGGAAGAUCACAGAUGCCGCGGAGAAGCUCCAGCAAACACAAGAGACAACCAACCAGGUAAGAAAGUCUGCAGAGAAGCUUUCCAAUAAGAUGAAGCGGGCCAGAGACGCGCUAGAAGACGACUUGAAAGACACGCAGGACCUUGUGAACAAGCUCAAAGAUUUCCUAUCAGACCCGUCCUCCAACCUGACCCAUAUCCAGGAGGUGAGCGACUGGAUCCUGAACGCCAAACUGCCUCUCAACCUGGCAGAUCUGAUGAAGAAGCUGGAGGAGCUGAAGAACCUGGCGGACAGUCUACCAGACAGCUCGUCCGUGUUGAAAGAGGCCGAGCCGCAGCUGGACGCGGCCCGGAAACUGCUGCAGGAGGCCCAGGACGCCAGGGACACGGCCCUGGGAGUAAAAGCCGACGUGGAUGGCUUGCUGGAUGCCUUUGGCUCGGGGGAAGGCUCCCUCUCUGACCUGGAGGAUAGACUGCAGGCGACCAUGGACAACAUCGACAACCUGAACAGCAGCCUGACCGAGGCCAAAGAGCAGCUGAGCCCGGCCGAGAAGGCUCUCGAUGAUGCAUCCGACCUAAUAAAGCCAAUGAAGCCUCAGCUGGACGAGCUCAAGGACCUGCUGAAGACUGUGGUCCCGCUGGUCCAGAAUGUUACGGAUAAUGCAGAAAGCGCUGAGGAUGAAGCCGCUGCAGCAAACGAGGACCUGCUGACCCUGGAGGACCAGCUGGACCGUCUUAAGGACCAGGCUCCCACCACGGGCUCAGGAGGACCGGAGUUGGGGGAUCGAGUGGCAAAGCUGCAGAAGGACGCUGGAGCUCUGGCCAACUCCACUAACGAGAUGAUGACGGCCCUGGAAGGUAAAGCAGAUUCCCUCCGCGGGCUGCAGGACGAGAUCCGUCAGAAGUCAACAAAGCUCGAAGGACUCGACGCUAAGCUUAAAGAACUUUUGGACCAACUUCGUCAGAAGGGCCAAGACCUCAGCAUCUGUCAAGGCUGAAGACCUCCGAGCAGAGCAGCAUCUGCUCCUGCCACAGGAAGCACAACUAUCCACUUCAGGAAGGGGACCAUUCCGUCCUCUUCUCUGACAGUCGUCAAAAGAAUUGUGGGAAAUGUAGAAAGUUCUAACUGGGGGUUGGUUGACAUGGAGUUGGAGUGAUUGUUACAUGGUUGAUAUGUGGAGCACAACAGGAGGGGAGGGGCGGUGGAUAAACAAGACUUUCACCAAGGAGACUAAAGUUAAUCCUGGACAUUAUGUAACGUUGUUGAUGUAUUUCUCAAUAGCUCUAGACAAGUAGCUUUGUCACUAAACCUAACCAAUAUUGCACAACAUUAACUGGGGGGCAUCGGGUUUUUCUAAAAGCACUAUACUGAUCAUACUAACAUCACAUCUAUAGCUGGUAUAUUGAAAAAUACCCUUUGAGUGUACCACAUGUCAUAUAUAAAUAUAUAUAUAUAUUUUUUUUUUUCAUCAUGAGAAAAAGACCAUAACUUGUGCAAACACAUUUUAUUUAACGGCAAAACACUCAAUUAUUGAAUAUUUCGCAACUGAAAUGUAUGUUGAAUGUUGUAUUGUUUGUUUGUUUUUUUGUAUACAUUGUGCAGAAUCCGCAGUAUUUAAAUUAAAGCCUGCUAAUACUUAA